AUGGGCCUGCUGAAGUAUAUUUUCCCAAAAGGCGAUGGGACCAAAAAGUUAGCUAAGUGGCAAAUGUUGUUGAGUGAAUUUGAUAUUGCGUAUCUGACUCAGAAGGCGAUAAAGGCACAGACCUUGGCGGAUCAUCUUGCAGAAAAUCCUGUUGAUGAAGAGUAUGAACCUCUCAAGACAUAUUUUCACGAUGAAGAAGUAUCGUUUGUAGGUGAAGAUCUUUCUAAAAUAUAUCAUGGAUGGAGAUUAUUCUUUGAUGGAGCGGCAAAUUGGCAAGGAAGCUUGUAUUCUUGGUCUGAAAAUGGUCAUCGACAUGGAUGUCCACAAGUUGUUGGUUAUUGGAGAUUCAAAUCUAUUGAUUCAUCAGGUUCAAGGAGAGUGGGCCGUGAAGAACCCAAAGAUUAUACCUUACGUGCAAAUGACUUUGCCGAUGCUGUUGUCACCAUCGCUUCAAUGAGUAAACAUCCAGAUACUGAUUAUAUUGAUCCUCUGGAUAUAGAACUAAAUGAAUAUCCAGUCCAUUGUUCACAUGUUGAAGCGGAACCAGACGGUUUGCCAUGGUAUUUUGAUAUAAAGAAGUAUUUGGAGUCCGAGAUUUAUCCUUAA